GUUUCCGAGACCUUAGGGGUUUGACGGAAGGGGUCUGGUCCCCUCGAAAUCAACCAUCAAGAACUUCAUUAGCAGUUGCACCAUUGCCAGACCCAGCCCCACUUUUUAAAUCACCAUGGGGAAGAGCAUGCGGAGUAAACGGAAGCAGAAGCUGAAACGCGAGAGAAAGGAGAAGUUCAAGGUGAAGGAAGUCAAGAGGCUGAAGGACAUGCUGCGCGCGGCGGGAGAGGACGUGGACGGCACCACCGAGGCAGUGAUGACCGACGCCGAAACCUUGAAGGCCCGGAAGGCGGCCAGCCGGCCGGCACCGCUGGCCGACGGCGAGGAGGCCAUGGAGGUGACCAAGGCGAAGCCCCAGUUCCAGCAUCCGGUCACAGCUGCGGAACGAGCACGGCAACUACCCCGUCUGGAUGACCGGCGACAAAUCAAGCGGCACAAGAAGCUCACCUCCAAAAACGCAGCCGAGGGCUACACCAAGGUCAGCCUGAAGGCUGGAUUUCACCAGUGCCGGUAG